AUGGACAACAUGGAAUCUGAUGUGGCAAUGCAAAAGAAUACAGAAGAAAUGGAACAUGCCGGUCCCGUGCGGAAAGACAGCCAGAUGACUGAGGACGGCUCUAUUCCCAGUCGAGCACCUUCCUUUGACAAGGACUUCGAAGAAGAGCUGGACCGGGAAGAGGAGGAUGAGGAGGAGCGCCGCUGGAAGGAUCAGUUCAGGCGGGAGCAGAACUUCCGAUUUUCGCGUGUUGUCUCGGGGACCCGCUUGCACUUUCGAGCAGAUGUGAAGGAGAUCCCCGAAGCGACAGUGCAGCACUUGCGCGCUUAUGUGCAGCAGGCUCACCAGCUUGGUGUUGUCGCAGCUAUUGCUGUCAACAGCCAUGUGGAACAGGUCAAGCAGAUAGCUGCAGAGGUGCAGCCCGAUCUGACGCUCCACGUGCUCCAUGUGCCAUGCUGGGGAGCUUUCGUUCCAGCGCUGAAUGCCCUUCUGAACUUCGCACAGAGCAAGGGUGCAAAAUGGAUCCUGUAUCAAUCCCUCGAGGUAUGUUGCUCACGUGACGUGCUCCAGCGUGUGAUGGACCAUCACGACUCAGACACAUUGGUGGUUGGACCGGUGCUCGAUGGGCAUAAGUUUCGAGAAGGAGAACAAAUCCUGGACGGCAGGAGCUCGCCAUGGAAUACUCUUGCUCUUUGGUCUGUCCGAAAGCUCGCCCUCACUGGCUUUUUAUGCAUUGCCGAUGGAUUGCCAGACGUGCCACCAUCAAUGAAUGCUGAAGCAGGACAGGAGAUGCUGCAAACCAUGGAUUUGCCGGACAGUGUUGGCGCAACCAUGGGCAGCGACAGCUGGUGGAAUGGCCAGGACUUUAGCAGCACUGGCUUCUUGCGGCAGGCGACUCAAAAACAUGCUGUUCCAGCCGGAGUGGAGGAGGUCACAGCCAUCGCCUUGCUGCAGCAUUUGCACGGCUCUGACAGAGCCCGUGCCAUUUUGCUUCAGCUGCCAGAUCACCUCCAAGAACAACUCUCUUGGGCUGCCAACUGGGGCAAGGAUGAGGCGAGAAGAAAGUGGCACAAGUACAAGAUGGCCUCCAAAGUUGCUCGCCCUGCUGCCCAGUUGCAGGAGCUGUUCAAGUUUCACAAAACACCAUCGACAAAUUCAGUGGCCAAGAAGGAUGAGGACUUUGCAGGGGAGGCAUCUGAUUGUUUCGCACUCCUUCGGCGCCGCAGAAGGCCAGGUGCAGCUGUCGACUUUGCUGAGGAGCAGGACGACCGCAUCAAUGAAAAGGAGGACCAUUCUGGACAGCAUGGACCUAUUCAUGUGGGGAAGGUGAUGCAUUAUGGUGAAUCCAUCAUGCCGCCGUUGCGGGUGGACUGGAUAUGCCUGGUCCUUUGCUUGCUUUUCUACGCAAACUCCACUUCCGUUUUGGCUACCGCAUUCAGCUGGAUGAAUUCGAAAGGUGCUGGGCAGCUUAGCAACAAAGACGUUGCUUUGCUGGGCCUACUCAUGGGAGGUGUCUAUCUGCCGAUGCCACUUUCCCUUUGGUUGAUGAGAACUGUGGCAGUACGCUUUGGGCACAGGUAUGGACUUCUUUUGUUUUUGUUCCUCCUGUUGCUGGGUCACCUGAUAACAGUUUGUGGCCAAGCUAUCGCACCUCAUCGUUGGUGGCCAUUAAUGCUGGCCCGCUUAGUGCAUGGUUUCGGGUCGGGCAUUCUCUUUCAGACCCGCAACAUCCUGGCCAUAAUGAGCACUAACGACAAUCAUACAAAGAUCCAGACGUGGCUUUUCCUCUCAAGUGAUGUGGGGCAUGCCAUGGGAGCGCUUUUUCCUGUCAUGCUGUUUUACGUCAGUGUUGGCAAUCUUCCAAAGGAGGCUCCAGAGCUGAUUCCAUCAGCAGUUUGGCUUUGCAUCGAGUUUCUGGGCAGCACAGCUUAG